AUGCACUAUGGCUAUAAAAAUAAGAGAUAUCCAAUUUAUAUAAAUGGUUGUAAACUCAAUACAUCAGAUUCAGAAAGGGACCUAGGAGUGAUUUUUUCAGAUAAUUUGAAGUGGAAAAAUCAAGUAUUAUCGAGUGCAAGCAAAGCUAAUCGCAUGUUGGGCAUAAUAAAAAAAUCUUUUGUUCAAUUUGAUGCUGAACUGCUUAAAUCCCUAUAUCUUUCAUUUGUUCGAAGGCUACUUGAGUUUGCUAUACCAGUAUGGGCUCCUUAUCAAAAACAAGAUAUAAUCAUUUUAGAAAACGUACAGCAUCGUGCCACUAAACUAAUACCUCAAAUCAGUAAAUUAUGCUAUAAAGAUCGACUUGCUUAUCUUAAAAUACCCUCACUUAUUAAAAGAAGACAACAAGGAGACAUUACACAACUAUAUAGAAUUUUCAAAGGUUAUGAUAAAGUUGAAUUUAAAGAAAUUUAUUCAUUUAAAUAA